AUCGAAUUCGUAUUAGAAGUCCUACUUUUAAUGUUUAUCUUGCCCGUCAAAAUAAUGCAACGAGAUUUUCAAAAAAUGUAGAAGCUCUUUAUCUUACUAUUUUACCAUUAUCCUCAGAUAGAAUUAAAUCAAAAAUAUGGAAAACUGGACGAUUUUAUCCAGGCUUAGUACCUGGAAAACCUACACAAUUAUUAUCUCUCGAACGUGGUGGUACUUGGGGUGAAGAUGCACAUUAUGGUCAAGUAAGCGCAUUGUACUUUGGUGGCGUUGAUGACGGUGACUUUCCACCAAAUCGUGGGUAUUUAAAUCCUAACAAUUCUGAUCGUCGUAUGCUUACUUUACGUGAUAGUGACGGAGAGCCAAUUCACAGAUCUCUUAAUGUAUCUACUAGUUAUAAUACUAGUAGUUACGAUAUUAUCACUCCUAAUUAUGGAGAGCUAAUUCAUAAACAUGAAACAAGCAAGUCUCAAGAAAUAUCAUCUUAUAAUAGUGAUGCAUUUAUUGAUAAUAAUAUAUUAACUAGUUAUGAAAAUAGUAGUUAUGAUAUUACUACUUCUAAUUAUGAUGAAGAGCCAAUUCUAUAUAAUUUAUUUGAAGAUAAUAGUAAAGAUGAAGAUCAUAAGCAUAUAUCAGAAUUUACA